CAUGCAAGAGACUGAGCAAUCAGAAAAAGAUAUGAUAGGUUCCCUUCUUGAUGGUAAUCAAUUUUCUUAAUUCUAUAGAUGAUGAAUCAGAAUGCUCAGAAUUUCGAUCUUCCAUUACUAAAUCCCAAUAACAUUCAUAAUCUGUAAAAAUAAUCUUCUCUAUAUAUUUAUAUAGCCAAUCAAAAGUUUCAAAGAUUUAAAAGAAAGUCCAGUUUUAAAUGAAGAUCCAACGUAUUAUUAGAAAUAUUGAUUUAGUUAAUAUGAAUUCCCUUCUGUCGAUCCUAGCAAUUUUUAUAUUACAGUGUAGCCUACAUUUAUUGAAUAACGAUAACAUUCCUUAAGUUAAGAAUUUCAUUCAUACAUGCUACCUCAACAACCAAUUUAUUAUCCUUGUUAAGAUGGCUAUUUCUCUUAAAAAAGAACAAAAAAAUUACAAUUAUAAACAGAGAUUGAUUCAACAAUUGUACAAUUAUAUAAUUAAAUUACCUUAGUCCCAAUAAUGUCAAGAUCAAUAUGCCUCAUUGAUUAUUCAAUAAUCAUUCAUUUAAGGAAAUGAAUAUUAAAGAGAAAAAAUAUUUAAAGGUUUAGUUGAUGAUUUAUUCUUACUAUCAAAACACAAAUUUGGAAAUUAUGUUAUAUAAAAAAUAAUUGAAAAUAGUAACUAAAAUACUAGAACACUUAUGUUUGAAUAAUUAAAUUCUCAUAUUUUGGAAUUGUCUUAUGACAGAUUUGGUUGUAGAGUCAUAUAAAAAUUACUAGAAUUUAUUCUUAUUUAACAAAAAGUAUAACUAAUCAAUUAAUUAAAACCUUACGCCUUAAUAUUAAUAUUUGAUCAAUGUGGAAACCAUGUUAUCUAAAAAAUAAUAGAUUUAGUUACUGACGCUGAUUUUAUUAUAGAUCUAGUUACAAAUAAUGUAGAUAAAGUUGUUUCCCAUCCUUAUGGAUGUAGAAUAGCAUAGAAAUGUUUAGAAAUGUUUCCCAACGACAAAUUGUAGGCACUCUAUAUAUCCUUAAUUCCUCUAUGUGAAAGGUUAUCGUUUUGUUAAUAUGGGAACUAUAUUGUUUAACAUAUGAUAAACUCAGGACCUCCAAAAGGAUUUGAAGUUAUUGGAAAAUUUAUCAAAUAAAGAAUCAUAGAAGUCAGUUAAGAUAAAUAUGCUAGGUAAUUUUUAAAUUAAAUGUAGUAAUGUAGCACAAAGGUAUAUUACUUAUGCUUAAGAUGAAGAUAUAGCAAGCAUAUGUAAAAUUUUGAUGAAUCAAACAGUACCUCCUAUGUUAUUAAUUUUAAUUAAUAAUUCUUUUGGAAAUUAUGUUAUGUAAAAUUUCUAUUCGAAAUGUAAUGAUAAGUAAAAAGAAUAAAUUUAAAUUCAAGUCUCUAAAUAUGAAGAACAUUAAUUCACUUAAUUUGGUAUAUCAAUUUAAUAAUUAAUUAAGGUCGACAUUUCUUAUAAUAUUUAGCCAGACUUCAUGCUUGUUGA